GUCUCUCACUUCCUGCUUACUGCAGCUCCGGCUUUCAUACAGAGUUUGGGAAUGAAAGCAGUGUCCCGUAACACUAAUUGGGUUGCAUCUGUGCAUGUAGCGCUUACUCUUUUUGGGCUUCCGUACGCUGCUGGCAAAAGUGGAUUUUGCAGGAAGAAGAACGCCGUUAGCCUCAUUUCCAGCCUCUGUUCAUCAACAUCUGUCCUCAUGUCUCCUGCCGCGCCCGUUAAGGCUCGUUGUCCGGUGUAUCCCGGCUCAGACACACGCCGCUUCCCUGUCCCAGAUGACAAAGUAGAUUGGGACACAGACUGGCCCCAGUACAGCCCUGUUAAAUAUACCGCCCCCACUGUACUGAAAAAGCCUGUUUGGGCUGACCCAGAGAUUGGUGCAUUUUCCCCGCAGUUCAAUUCUUUGGAUGGAUCUGUGGACAGGGGAAGCCACGAGGGCCCAUAUCGUAUCCAGAACGGCAAACCACUUAAUCCACAUGGAAGAACUGGGCUAGAGGGCCGAGGAUUACUGGGAAGGUGGGGUCCAAACCACGCCGCUGAUCCAAUAGUUACCAGGUGGAAAAGGGACUCUACGGGACAGCGCGUCCACCACACUAACUCUCAACUACCUGUGCUGCAGUUUGUGUCCAUUAAGAGGUUGGACUGUGGCGAAUGGGCCAUCCCAGGGGGAAUGGUGGACCCUGGAGAGCGCAUUUCUCAAACACUGCAGCGCGAGUUCUCAGAAGAGGCAUUGAACUCUCUGCAAGCAUCUCCAAGUGAGAGGGAAAAGAUCCAAAAGCGAAUCACUGAGCUUUUCGACUCAGCAGGUCUUCAGGUGUAUAAAGGUUAUGUAGAUGAUCCAAGAAAUACAGAUAAUGCUUGGAUGGAGACAGUUGCAGUCAAUUUCCAUGAUGAAUCAGGCAAUAGUGUGAGUGAGCUUCCGUUGCAAGCAGGCGAUGAUGCAGGUCAAGUGAGCUGGAUUGAUGUUGACUCCUCCCUGGACCUUUAUGCGAAUCACUUGCAUUUCCUAGAGACAGUUGCUAAGGAAAGAAAUGCCCACUGGUAACAAAAAAAUAGUAAAAUGUGCUUUCUGCUUUAACAUAAAUGAAGGAAACCUUUUUAUGAGUCUAAUUUGAAUGAUGCAUAAAAAGAUUUGUAGCUUAGUUACAUCAUUCAGACAGAAACUAGGAAAAUACGGCACAUAUUAAUAUGAAGUGUGUACUGUUUGCCACAGCACUGCCAAAAAUUGCAUUCAAAUAAACCAAAGGUUAACCUCAAUUAUCUAUAUGCUUUCUUAUUAUCUAGUAAAGCAUGGCUUCUAGAAAUGAAGGAAUAUAGAUUUUUUUACAUUUUCCUGUUACACUGAACUGAACACUGCUACUUGAUUAAGAAUGUUAUGUAUGACUCUUUCUGUAAUAACAACAACAAAAAAACAUCUUAUACACUUA